AUGCCUGCGGAAGAUACGUUCUAUAAUGAAAGCGAAGCAAAGGCAUUCCUGCAGAGUUAUGAGCAGACAACCCAGGUUGUGUGGAACAAGUUCAUGGAAGCCACCUGGAACUACGUCACCAACAUCACCAAGAAAAAUCGAGAGGAGAUGCUACACAAGGACAUGGAAAGGUCUCAGCACAUUCUGUACUUUGGCACUCAGGCCCACCAGUUUAACAUCACCACAUUCCGAGACCCAGUCAUAAAGCGCAUGCUGAAAAAGGUGCAGGACAUGGACAAGGCAGCCCUGCCUGAGGAAGAGCUCCGGGAGUACAACAAGCUCCUGGCCUCCAUGGAGAUGAUGUACAGUAUGGCGGAGGUGUGCAUGGAAGAGGGGCCCUGCCUGUACCUGGAGCCUGACCUCCAAGAAGUGAUGGCCACCUCCCGGGACCAGAAAGAGCUGCUAUGGGCAUGGCAGGGCUGGCGGGAUGCUGUAGGCCGCCCACUCCGUCUCAUGUUUGAGCGCUAUGUGGAACUCAGCAACAAGGCUGCAAUGCUCAACGGUUACAAAGACAUGGGGGCCUUGUGGCGUACAAUGUACGACUCUGAGGAUAAGAACAGCACACUGGAACAUGACCUGGAGCAGCUCUUCCAGGAGCUUCGGCCACUCUACCUGAACCUGCACGCCUACGUGCGCCACGCCCUGUACCGCCACUACGGGCCCGAGCGCAUCAACCUGAAGGGGCCCAUCCCUGCCCACCUCCUGGGAAACAUGUGGGCUCAGUCUUGGGUCAACAUCUUAGACCUGGUCUUGCCCUUCCCUGAGAAACCCCUGGAGGACAGCACGAAGAUCAUGAAAAGCCAGCGCUGGAAGCCCAACAAAAUGUUCCAAGAGGCUGACAAAUUCUUUACCUCCCUUGGGCUACUGCCUGCCCCUCCUGAGUUCUGGAGCAAGUCGAUGCUGGAGAAGCCAGUUGAUGGGCGAGAGGUGGUGUGUCAUACCUCUGCUUGGGACUUCUACAAUGGCCAAGACUUCAGGAUAAAGAAGUGCACGGAGGUGACCAUGGAAGACCUGAUCUCCGUCUUCCACCACAUGGGCCAUAUCCAGUACUUCCUGCAGUACAAGAACCUCUCCGUGAUCUUCCGAGAAGGUGCCAACCCAGCCUUUGAAGAGGCUGUGGGGUCAGCAGUCACACUCUCGGCCUCCUCCCACAAGCACCUGCUCAACAUCGGUCUACUUAGCUCCCAGUUCCAGGACUCAGAGGAUGAGGUCAAUUUCCUGAUGGGCAUUGCCCUGGAGAAGAUUGCUUUCAUCCCCUUUGGCUACCUUGUGGACCUGUACCGCUGGAAGGUCUUUGAUGGCACCAUCCAUAAGCACAUCUACAACCAGGAGUGGUGGAGCCUCAGAGAUGCUCUAAAGCUGGGAUCAAGCAAGCCCUGGCCAGAAGUCUUGAAGAAACUGACUGGGGAAUCCCAGGUGUCUACAAAGGCCCUCAUGACCUACUUCAAGCCCCUGUUGAAUUGGCUAGUCACUGAGAAUGUGCGUCAAGGGGAGAUCCUGGGCUGGUCAGAAUACAACUGCUACUUUGAAGGAGAAGGGACGGAUACAGUGUCAUUCCUGGGUCUGCAGCUGAACACUGACCAGGCCAAGAGGGGGCAGUGGGUGCUGCUGGUCCUGAGUCUUGUCAUGGCCCUCACGGUCCUGAUGCUGGGCUGUAUCCUGUACAAAAGGUCAACAGCCCAGGACACUGGGGCCUACUUCCUAGGCAUGGCCAUGGAGCCCCACCAGGCAGCUCAGGGCCAGUGGAUACUGCUGGGCUUCUGCCUCCUCUUGAUCGUGUGCUCAAUCAGCCUGACCAUCAUGAUCUUCAUACAACACAAGAAGCCUCCAUGGAUGAGAGCUGAGUGGUGGGGUAUGAACUAG